GUCAUGAACAUCCGCAAUGCUGGGCCAGACGACCUGAUGAACAUGCAACACUGCAACCUCCUUUGCCUUCCCGAGAACUACCAGAUGAAAUAUUAUUUCUACCAUGGCCUUUCUUGGCCCCAGCUCUCUUAUAUCGCCGAGGACGAGGACGGGAAGAUUGUGGGCUACGUCCUGGCCAAAAUGGAGGAGGACCCAGACGAUGUCCCCCACGGACACAUCACCUCACUGGCCGUGAAACGUUCACACCGGCGCCUCGGCCUGGCCCAGAAGCUGAUGGACCAGGCCUCCCGGGCCAUGAUAGAGAACUUUGGUGCCAAGUAUGUGUCACUGCACGUCAGGAAGAGUAACCGGGCAGCCUUACACCUGUAUUCUAACACCCUCAACUUUCAGAUUAGCGAAGUAGAACCCAAAUAUUAUGCAGAUGGGGAAGAUGCUUAUGCUAUGAAGCGGGAUCUCUCGCACAUGGCAGAUGAGCUGAGACGGCAGCCGGAGGUGAAGAAGGGCGAGUAUGUGCUGCUGGGCUCCGAGGGGAACCGGGAGAGCCAGGGUAGCACACUUCCUGGUUCUGAAGAGGCCGGUCAGGAAGAAAAGAACCCGGCCGCUGACAGUAGUGGGAGUGACAGCAAGGAACCCAGCGAAUCUACGGAGAACACUGAUGUCCAGGACAGCUCAGAAGACUCAGAUUCCACCUCCUAG